AUGGAAAAAUUAACUGUACUUAAUGAAACACGACAAACUAAUAAACAAUUUAGAAAAUCAACGAAUAUAAAUCAACAUUUAUCAAUCGUUAAAUAUUCUUAUCUUAAAGAGCUUGAUCUUAUUCAUACUUGUACUGAUUACUAUGAACAAUUCUUAUUCGAUACUAAAACAUAUUUACCAGUUGGUGUUCGUGUUUAUAUGAUUUAUGAACUAGUGGAAAAAGUGACACGCAAUUUCACAAGAAAAAAAACAAGAAAUAAUUGUGCAAAAAUUAAUUAUGAAAAUUUAUCUACAGAAUUAAGUUUUGCUGGAUAUCUUGACAACUCUUCUACUGGAAAACAACAAAUUCCUCAACAUAUAAAAGACUAUUUUCCUCAUACACAAAUAGACUGA